GGUAACGAAAAGUCAGUGGCCGUAGACCCGAGAGCAUACAAGUUAUCCAGUUUCAACGAUAUUUAGUUUCACAUCACUGAAAAAUUUGGACUUCAAUAAUUCAGAUCAUCACUGAAAAAAUUGGACUUUAAUUAAGCCCAUCUUUGCAGUUCGUAAAAGAAUUACAGGGAAUCACCAAUUUUAUUUUUGGUUCGACUUGUCAGUAUAUAUUUUUAAUAUGGAUGUAUUCGUUUUAUACGGAAUAUUACAAUUACUUCUUCGUGGGAGCGAAGCUAUCAAUUGUCAUGACUGUACGAGUUGGAGUCCAUAUUGUCGAGAGUCGGUCGAUGAACCGUUCCCAGCAGCCGUAGCUACAAGUGAAUGUAAGAAAACUGAUACAUGUUUCUUAAAGAAGGAAGAAAGUGGAGUUAUAACCAGGGGAUGUGCAGAUUGGUGGAUGCAGUCGCAAGUAGAUAUAAACUAUAUUGGAUGCCAGACCCAGGAAGUGCCGUGGAUGGGAAAACAAACAUGGUGUUUCUGCCAGGAAGAUUACUGCAAUGGUGGCACCGUAGAGGAAAUCAUCAAUAACAUUGGACAACGUUUAGAUAAAGUUCACGAUCAACUCGCUCCGUUGGAGAGUAGCACCACAGCUGAACCGGCAGCUACGAUCAACCCCUGGGAACAUGACUGGGACAACAUCGAUUGGAAUCAGUGGACAUGGAACGACAAUACAGGUGCUUGGGAGUCUUCGGAGCUUAAUGAACUUAAUGACAUGAAUAAUGUCGGAGCUGUUAACGGACCAACAACAAACCAGAAUGAGUUUGAUGACUUCCAUCAUGACUACCAGGAGCAAAAAGCUCAUUCGGAUGACCCUACAUGGAAUCUUUGGUAUUGGCAUGCUGAUUCUGAUCGUCCACAAUGGCCAACUAAUGAAGUAAAUGAAAAGAUCACCACCGAAAGUGUUCCAGCAGUUGCUGAAGCUGUUGAAGCAACUACCGAAACCAUCAAGAAAGUUCAGUCUGAAGCUGCUUCCACGGAGUCAAUGGAUUGGGGUGAAGGUUGGGAACAGCUUUUACCUUGGUGGGAAGGUACCUUCUACCAGUCAACUACCAUGCCUCCAAUGGCCGGGAUCCAUAAGUCUGUGGGCGUUAUUCAGCAACAUGAUAGUAUUGGUGAUGAUCCUAGUCAAGUUAUUGAUUCUAUACCAGAUAUCGACUGGCAACGAAAUGAAAAUAGUAUAGACAAUAAUGAAAUUGAUAUUUCAGCUUCUGAAUUUUUCUGUUGGGAUUGUUACAGUGAUAGCCCUCUAUGUGGUGAUACUGUAGAUAGUACCAAAGCUCACUAUUUGGGUAAAACAGCGUGUCCUGCUACCAAUAAAUGUUUCGUUCGUCAUGACGGCGAUGUAACUUAUCGAGGAUGUGCUGAUGGUUGGAUCGGAAGUGUUGUUAAAAGUGACUAUGUUGGUUGUGAAGUCCAGAAUGUGUGGGGUAAAGAAGUAGAAUGGUGCUUCUGUACAGCUUCUCUCUGUAACGGGGAUUCCAUGAUGGAUAUUCAAGAAAAAUACCUUCAUAGUGAACCGGAAGCAUUUAAAGGUACAUUCAAAAACAAUACUGUCCAUUCCCGAACGACCAGAAGUGUCGGAAACACAACAAUGAAAUUACCAUUUAAACCGACAGACAAGACACCAGAAUCCAACACAACCAAAAUAGGAUCAAAAACUGUGAUGACAACCACUACCACUGAAAAGGUCGCUUCCACGUCCGACAAAAUGACGCCAAAGUCAAUCAUUUCAAAUAAAAAGCCGAUGCCAACAUCAACAUCACGAAGGACUGAAUCCACCCCAAAAUCCCCAGCGUUUGCGCAAAAUGGAACAUCAGCAACGCAGCAGCCUACAACGAAGGUCAGAAACACAACGAUGGAAAGGACGCCGAAGGUUUCCACGACUGUUGUAUCAACAACCAUCCUAUCUACGAAUGCUUCAAGUACGAGUCGGCAAGAUAAUACAACGACAACACUAACAUCAACAACACUUGAAGAACAAAAGACCACCAUCCCAACUACAGAAAGCACAUCUACAACAAACAACACAACUAAGGAGUCGGCGAAAACAAGAGCAACCAAAGCAGCCAUCAAAAAACGAGAAUCGGGAUUAGAAUUAGAUGGCAGAAUCAAAAGAGACGAAAAGCAGUCUUCAAAGUUGUUCAAAGCCCUUUUGGGCAAAUAAGAAAUUUCCUCCGAUUUAGUUUUUUUAAUGAAUAAUUAAUAUAACGCCUUUCUGCGUUGGCAAUUAUGAUGAUAGGACAUUUUAAGCCAAAAUGGUGUUAAACUCACCACCAGAAUUAAUGCGAAUGGCGGAUGUUCCAGAAGUGUGCGUCUCGACAAGGAAGUGAGCGAAUUGUUCAUACGUGACGUAAGCAAACAGGGAACAUCCUUAAAAACACCGAGAUUUUGUAUAUUUAUAGUACAUUUAUGUAAAAGUAUUAUCAACAUGUUAAAGGCGGCCGGAGCUUCAUCACACAAUUGUGUAUAUUAUAUGUAAACUUUGUAUUAUUUGUAUGUUAUUUUGUAUAUUCUUGUUAAUAAGCCUUGUUCUUUAAAAUUGGAUUCAGUUACGACAUGAAACAUUUGACUUAAUUUCCAGAGAAACUGAACUUACAAAUAUAUUCAUAACAAAGCAAGUGCCACGCAAAGAAUAGCAUGUAGAAAGACCAGUAUCAUUUCGUAAACGGGUCACAAAGAGUGGGUGGAAUCUAAAGUUUAAGGUAAUUUUUAGCAUACAAAUAAAGUGACAUUGUUUGAAACCAUGAAACGAUAGUGGGUGGGGUGGAAAUUGCAAAAAAAAAAAUAAAAGCCCGAAACAAAAAAAACUUUUGGUAAAACGUUCCUUCAACUUUAUUGUGGGGUCUGUUAGGCAUAUAGGUUUUUGUGUUUUAAUGUUUUGAUCUAAAGCUGAAUCCAAAUUUUAACUAUUUUCUAGGAGUUCGCAAAACAUAUAUGCACAUAGGGUUGUGUAAUGCUCCUGCUGCGUACGCGCAUUUAAUGCAUAACUAGUUUUUUUUAUGGUGUUGAAAUAUUGCACAUGUACAUUAAGUAUCUUUAUUGGAAGGGCAACUUAUACUAUUAUCUUUUUAUGCGAAUGCUAAUUUAAUAAAACCGCUAACCAUUAUAGCAAUUGUAAUCAAACUGCGCAAGUAUACAUGUAAUCUAAAAGUUCAUAACCGGCGGGUAGCGUGCAAUGCGCGGUAUAAGUGAAUUGUGCGGGAACCGGCAAAGCACGGGCGCUUUCAAAUAUAUAGCAAUAUUUAAGUAUGUAUUUUAUUUCCAGGUAUUUAUUUUUCUUCCUUAAUUACGUGCGUACUUUUCUAGCCCAAAAUUUCGUGUUUUCAGUUUUGAAAUUACAAAGAAAUUACCUUUGGUUCAGAUUUAUUUGUAUUAUCUGAGAGGCAGAAAUAUGUAUUUAUUAUAUUAUUUGGUCUCCCUUUUAUGUUUUGUCUACAGAUUGUCAUUUACACUUAUUGGCAUUCUCAUAUUAUGACGUUUUGAUUUGUAAUAUUUGACAUUUCUCCAAAAGACGCCCCUAUAAAUAUUCUACUACAUAUAAAUGUUAAGUCGUAUUCUGAUGAUAAUAACUUCUACAUGUUUUAACUCAGGUUACAUCAGUAAAAGUAGACUUGAAUUGAAAUUUAAAGGUAAUGUAUAUUUUUCAUACUUUAUUCGACCGCAGCUUGAACCUUUGAUUAGAUAUAUUAUUAUCUUGACCAUUGUUGCAUUUCCUUUACUGCAAUAAUGUUGUGUAGAUACUGAUUUGAUUUAAUUUUAAAAGUUUGGCUAUUCUCCCGGUGAUUUUAUCCAGUACAUUCAAGCUAGUUGGAAUGAUAUUAGUUUUAUUAUAUAAUUUUUGAAAUACAACGAAUGGCAACGGUGAAAUAGUUCUAGAUACAUAUCGUUACCAAGAAUUGCGUAUGUUGCAACUAAUCAGUUUUUAUAAUGUUUGUUCUCGUUUCACAUAUUUUCAUUAUUUACAAAGUUUUAUUUUAUAAUUUUUAGUAAUCGACUGUCGUGUGUAAUUUUGAGGCAUAUGUCAAUCCCUAAUUUCAGUACUUAGGAUUUCGAUACAUUUUUGUUAUAGAUUAUUAUUUAUAAAGUUCAAAUCUCUAGUCAUACACAUUUAUCAACAGUUCUCGAUAUUAUAUGCUUGUAGCUCUUAUCGGCUAGUUUUUGCUUCGUUUUGAUAUAUAGCUUCAAUGGAGCUUUGGCGUGUAUUUAUUUCCAUUCAUAAUAGAACGCUCUUAUAUAUAAAACAAGAAUGCAACGGAUAUUCAGAAUAUGGUUAUAAUGAAAGCAUCAGCAUGGAAGUUUUCAGGCUGAUAUAUUAUUAUUUAUUUCUCUGAAAUAAUUUAUGAAAUGAAUUUGGUCAUCAUAGUCACAGUGGUGUAAACAUUCCAGAGAGCUGUACAAUAUAUAAAUUGCCGAUGUAAAAAUAAAUCUACUGCUGAAAAUAAUUGGUUAAGUUUCCCAAUGUUCAAGAGUUAACAUGUGAACUAAAUUGCAGUCUUCUUUUUUUAUCGUAUUGAUGUGAUUUCUUGUUACAGAUGUAUAUUGUAUAUAUUAAUCUACGCUCGUUAUUUAUAUCUAUAUAAUUUGUAUAUUAUUUGAAUUUUAGCGCCAUCUUGUACAUCUUUCUAUAAAUAGCCGUCGCUAAUUGUGUCACUGUUUUAUACAUAGCCCUUUUAUAUAUAUACACCGUACAUAAAGUAAAUAAAAAUAAAAAUUAUGUGUUUAUACACUCACUGGGGAAUAAACGAGAUUAUUAUAUUGCAA